AUGGGAUUGCUUCGACGGAACAGCCUAAACAUUGGCAAAUGGUUUCCGGCCGGUACGCAGCAGACAACCGUUGUGGCGCCCUCGGCCGGAACCGUUCCGCCACGAGGCAGUUUCGGCAGCUCGGUCGCCAUACAGAAGCUGCGCGAAAGCAAGUGGUUCGACGCUGGCGAGGAGCGCAUCUUUUGCGCCGUGAUCGAGAACGGGUUCAUUGUGGAGGUGCGCCGCCAGACGGCACCCGGCGACAGCUGGUUCGGUGUCGUGUCCAUCGAGCAGAAGAAGUCGCCCAAACCUACCGCCGAAUGCGUUAAAAUAUAUUCCGUGCGCAUGAAGGAGAAUGAGAAGAAGCCGAUGAAAGUGUACUGCGUGACAUUGUCUAAUCUGUGGCAGCAAGGCCAUCAGCUGCGGAUCAACAACGUGGCCGAUCGCACAAAGAAAGCGCACCCCGAGAAAGACAUUCUCGCACAGAUAAAAUACGCCUCGAAAUGCCAAAUGUCGUUCCACAACAGUCAACAUUUUGCCGAAUUUUGUCGGUACGGUGACCGACCGCAGGACAGCCGGAAGCGACAAAUUUCGGACUGCGCCAAAUGGGGUGGUAUCAAUAUGGGGGCAACGCUCAUCUUCAUGGAGAUGCAGAAGAAGCAAAAGUCCCUAUCGCAUUAG